UACCUGGUAAUCAGGAGCGGAGGGUUUAUUCGAUGAAAAAGUUAUUAUUUAUACAUAAUUAAAAUUACUUUUUAUAUACGUAAUUGAACCUUUCGAUUAGUUUAUAUGUUUAAUUUCCGCUCGCCACUGCUGGUAUCUACGGGCAAAUUGGCUAAAACGAAGAAAAAAGAUAUUCAUAAAAUUAUUUAAAUAUUUUUUACGGUAACGAAUAGAGGAAAGUUUUCAUUGUUGAACCCUCGUCGGCGAACCGCUUUAGUUGUUGUGCUAUCUUCUUUAGCUUCCCAACUCAGUCUACCGGCGGCGAAGCAGAAUCCAGUGUCCGGUCACCGGAACCUCGAUUGAGCUGCCGGAGGAUUACAACUCCCUCGAGGCUCUUCUUUGACUUGGAACAAAAUAAACUAGAGAAUCAUGGGGAUCAUAGAGAGGAUCAAAGAAAUUGAAUUCGAGAUGGCUCGUACCCAGAAAAAUAAAGCAACUGAAUAUCAUCUGGGUCAGCUGAAGGCUAAGAUAGCAAAACUGAGGACACAAUUGUUGGAGCCUGCAAAAGGUUCUAGUGGUGCGGGAGAAGGUUUUGAAGUUACAAAGUUUGGCCAUGGGCGUGUUGCACUAAUAGGAUUUCCAAGUGUGGGAAAGUCUACACUCCUUACAAUGUUGACAGGAACUCAUUCUGAAGCUGCAUCAUAUGAGUUCACAACGCUUACUUGCAUCCCUGGUAUUAUCCAUUACAAUGAUACUAAAAUUCAAUUGCUUGAUCUUCCGGGAAUCAUUGAAGGUGCAUCUGAAGGCAAGGGGCGUGGUAGGCAGGUCAUUGCUGUUUCUAAGUCAGCGGACAUUGUAUUAAUGGUUCUUGAUGCUUCAAAAAGUGAAGGCCAUCGACAAAUACUGACAAAGGAGCUGGAAGCGGUGGGCCUGCGAUUAAACAAGCGACCUCCUCAGAUAUAUUUCAAGAAGAAAAAGACUGGUGGAAUUUCUUUCAAUAGCACUCUGCAACUUACACAUGUGGAUGAGAAGCUAUGCUAUCAAAUUCUUCAUGAAUACAAGAUCCACAAUGCCGAGGUGUUAUUUCGUGAAGAUGCUACAGUGGAUGACCUAAUUGAUGUUAUUGAGGGCAAUCGUAAAUACAUGAAGUGCAUAUAUGUCUACAACAAGAUAGAUGUUGUUGGUAUUGAUGAUGUAGACAGAUUAGCCCGACAGCCAAACUCCGUUGUCAUCAGCUGCAACAUGAAGCUGAAUCUGGACAGACUACUAGCAAAAAUGUGGGAAGCAAUGGGUCUUGUCAGAGUUUAUACAAAGCCUCAAGGCCAGCAACCAGACUUCACAGAUCCCGUGGUCCUUUCUGCUGAUAGAGGUGGCUGUACAGUAGAAGAUUUCUGUAAUCACAUACAUCGAAGUCUUGUUAAGGAUGUGAAGUAUGUGUUGGUGUGGGGCACUAGCGCAAGGCACUACCCGCAGCAUUGCGGUCUUGCGCACAUGCUCGAGGAUGAAGACGUGGUUCAGAUUGUUAAGAAAAAGGAAAAGGAAGAGGGAGGCAGAGGCCGGUUCAAAUCGCAUUCUAAUGCUCCUGCUCGUAUAUCUGACCGUGAAAAGAAGGCUCCACUGAAGACAUGAUUGGCCCAGAUAAUGGAGCUGUUGAUGCGCCAUGGAUUUUUAUUGGAGAACGAGCUAUACAAACGAGAAUAGCUCGAGGUUCUCAAACUUUAUGGAGUGAAAUCUAUUUCUCAGGAGAGGGUAGAAGAUGUUGGUGUUUGUAUUCUGUACUUUUUAUCAUGUCACUCUGUGCAGUGUGUAUAAUAUCUGGGCACAUGCUUUCUUCCUCCAGAUAAUAUUCACCGCUGCUUAUUUUGUCAAUGUGCUAUAAAAAGUUUUGGUCUCAGAUCCUAAAAGUGUCGAGGCAAGAAUAAUUGGAUAUCUUAGCUUCA